AUGGCAAUCCAAGUUACCAAAGCAACCUCUACCUGCUGCGGCAAGGCUGCUGGUGGGGAAUGCGUCUGCGCCAAGGAAGCCAAAUGCUCCUGCGGAAAGCAAGCCGCACUCAACUGCACCUGCGACAAGGCACAGACUGAGAACAAUGUCACUGGAGCCCGAUGCCAGUGUGGAGCAAGACCAGCAGGAGCCUGCACCUGUGGCAGCGCAGGAAGCGCCUCUGGCUCCAAUGCCAACGAGAUCGACUUCACAACCAAGAAAUAA